CUGCAGCCGAGGGCUGUCUGGGAAGAGCUGGGACCGGGGCCGGGUCGGCAGCCGCUGCCUCUUCUUCCAGCCCAUCUAUUUUUAAUGAGCUCCCCAGCCUUCUGCAGCGGGCUGGACUCAGAGAGGCAGGCCCAGGCGGUGGAGGCCCGAGGCCCCAGCCCUGCCCCGAGCCCUGGCACCUCCACCCUUCUGGGCAUGAGAGGGCGGCCCUGGGGCCCCGCAGCCCCCCAGCCGGGCUGGGCUCUCCAUGCAGCUGGUGCUGAAGAUGGAUUCCAGCCCAGACAAUGACAGCUGGUUGGAGGAUCAGUGGGAACGCUGGCUCACCCAUGACAUCAGCCUAGAGGAGUUUGAGGAUGAAGACCUCUCCGAGAUCACCGAUGAGUGCGGCAUCAGCCUGCAGUGCAAAGACACCCUGUCCUUACGGCCCCCACGCGCCGGCCUGCUGUCUGGGGGCAGCGGCGGCUGCGGCGGCGACGGGGGGAGCCGGCUGCAGGCCGAGAUGCUGCAGAUGGACUUGAUCGACGCGGCGGGGGACACUCCCGGCGCUGAGGACGACGAAGAGGAGGACGAGGAGGAGCGUGCGGCGCGGCGGCCGGGAGCGGACCCGCCUGAGGCGGAGCCCCGCCAGGAGACGGCGCCCCGCGGCCAGGGUCAGGGCCAGGGCCCGGGCGGCGGGGACACGUACCGGCCCAAGCGGCCCACCACGCUCAACCUCUUCCCGCAGGUGCCGCGGUCUCAGGACACACUGAAUAAUAAUUCCCUGGGCAAGAAGCACAGUUGGCAGGAUCGGGUGUCGAGAUCAUCCUCACCGCUGAAGACAGGGGAGCAGACACCUCCACAUGAGCACAUCUGCCUGAGCGAUGAGCUGCCGCCCCCAGGCAGCCCCGCCCCCACCAAGGAUCGAGGCACCUCCACCGACAGCCCUUGCCGCCGAAGCGCUGCCACCCAGAUGGCACCUCCUGGUGGCCCCCCUGCUGCCCCACCGGCUGGCCGGGGCCAUUCGCAUCGAGACCGCAUCCACUACCAGGCGGACGUGCGGCUGGAGGCCACCGAGGAGAUCUACCUGACACCAGUGCAGAGGCCCCCAGACCCUGCAGAGCCCAACUCCGCCUUCCUGCCGCCAGCUGAGAGCCGGAUGUCGGUCAGCUCCGACCCAGACCCUGCCACUUACCCGGCAACUGCAGGGCGGCCACACCCCUCCAUCAGCGAGGAGGACGAGGGCUUCGACUGCUUGUCGCCCCCGGAUCGGGCCGAGCUGCCAGGUGGAGGAUGGCGGGGGAGCCUGGGCGAGCCGCCGCCGCCUCCACGGGCCUCGUUGAGCUCGGACACCAGCGCCCUGUCCUACGACUCGGUCAAGUAUACGCUGGUGGUGGAUGAGCACGCACAGCUGGAGCUGGUGAGCCUGCGGCCAUGCUUCGGCGACUACAGCGACGAGAGUGACUCGGCCACCGUCUACGACAACUGCGCCUCUGCCUCCUCCCCCUACGAGUCGGCCAUUGGGGAGGAGUACGAGGAGGCCCCCCGGCCUCGGCCCCCCGCCUGCCUCUCUGAGGACUCCACGCCCGAUGAACCCGAUGUCCACUUCUCCAAGAAGUUCCUGAACGUCUUCAUGAGUGGCCGCUCUCGCUCCUCCAGUGCAGAGUCCUUCGGGCUCUUCUCCUGCGUCAUCAACGGGGAGGAGCAGGAGCAGACCCACCGGGCCAUAUUCAGGUUUGUGCCUCGACAUGAAGACGAACUUGAGCUGGAAGUGGAUGACCCUCUGCUGGUGGAGUUGCAGGCUGAGGACUACUGGUAUGAGGCCUACAACAUGCGCACGGGUGCCCGGGGCAUCUUUCCUGCCUACUACGCCAUCGAGGUCACCAAGGAGCCUGAACAUAUGGCAGCCCUGACCAAAAACAGCGACUGGGUGGACCAGUUCCGGGUGAAGUUCCUGGGCUCAGUCCAGGUUCCCUAUCACAAGGGCAAUGACGUCCUUUGUGCCGCUAUGCAAAAGAUUGCCACCACCCGCCGGCUCACCGUGCACUUUAACCCGCCCUCCAGCUGCGUCCUAGAGAUCAGCGUGCGGGGCGUGAAGAUAGGCGUCAAGGCUGACGACUCCCAGGAGGCCAAGGGGAAUAAAUGUAGCCACUUUUUCCAGUUAAAAAACAUCUCUUUCUGCGGAUACCAUCCAAAGAACAACAAGUAUUUUGGGUUCAUCACCAAGCACCCUGCCGACCACCGGUUUGCCUGCCAUGUCUUUGUGUCUGAAGAAUCCACCAAAGCCCUGGCAGAAUCCGUGGGGAGAGCGUUCCAGCAGUUCUACAAGCAGUUCGUGGAGUACACCUGCCCCACAGAAGAUAUCUACCUGGAGUAGCAGCGCUGCCUCGCCCUCUGCAUCCCCUGGGCCCUGGGGCCGGCGCCAGGACGGCUGGCUGCUGACAGGACAUGGCACUGCUUGAGGAGGGGCACCUGCCACUACCAGAGGAUGGGGAAGUGGGGGGCUGUUGGC